AUCCUCGAGUCGCAGGAGCGCGGAUUAUUUUUAGUGAUGAACUCCUAAGUAAAAGUUAGAGAUGGAGUUUUUGGUCCAAGCAUGCCAGAGUGGAUAUCAGUUUUUAAUGAUUCCAUAAGAAUGAGAGAAAACCUAAACUUUAGGCGGUGUCUGAAUUAAGGAAAGGAAGAGUUUUACGCAUCAUCAGGAGUGCCAAAGACUACGCUGGAUAGUGGAAACGCGCAUUAAUGCUUAUUCACCAUAAACUGGAGGAUAUCAGCACUUCCCCCUUCAACAUGAACAACGGCAGUGGAGUAAUAAUGCUUGAGAAUAACAGCAGCACCAAUGAUACCUUCAAACCUCCACCACUACCUUUCAGCGAGAUUACAGCAAUAAUCUACACUACGGUCUUCGUUGUGGGUUUCUUGGGAAAUGCAUUAGUUAUCUAUGUUGUGGCCCGCUACACCAAAAUGAAGACAGUAACCAACUUGUACAUCCUGAAUUUAGCCUUGGCAGAUGAACUCUACAUCCUGGGAAUCCCCUUCAUUGGGACCAAUAGUGCACUCUCUUACUGGCCAUUCGGCAAUUUCCUUUGUAAGGUGUGCAUGACUGCUGAUGGCAUGAGCCAGUUCGCCUCCACCUUCUGCCUGACGCUGAUGAGCAUUGACCGUUUCCUUGCUGUGGUUUAUCCUGUGAGCAGUGCCAGAUGGAGAAGGCCAUGGGUGGCCAUGAUUUUCAGCGGUGUGGUGUGGGUUGUUUCCUUCCUGCUGGUGUUGCCAGUUACCUUGUACUCGAAUGUGCAGGAAGACUUCAACACCUGCAACAUAAGCUGGCCAGAUGAUCAUAACGUAUGGUCCAUUGCAUUUAUCCUGUAUACAUCCGUCAUGGGCUUCUUUGCACCUUUAUUUGUCAUCUCUCUCUGCUAUCUACUUAUUAUUUUUAAGGUGAAGUCAGCAGGCUUGCGUGCAGGCCUGACUAAGCCACGCAAGUCAGAGCGCAAGGUGACCCGCAUGGUGGUGAUCAUCGUGCUGGUCUUUGUGCUUUGUUGGCUGCCAUUUUUCACCAUCAACAUUUAUAACCUGUGUCAUACCAUACCGGAGAAUGAAACCAGUGCUGCUGCCUAUUUUUCCCUGGUCAUCCUCACCUACGUCAACUCCUGUGCAAAUCCAGUACUCUACGGUUUCCUCUCAGAAAACUUCAGGCAAAGUUUUAAAAAAGUGCUUUGCUUCUACAAACAGAAAAAUUGUACAAAUACGAACGCCUUGGGGACCGUACGGACUGCUAAUAAGGUCAACUUGCCAAGGGACCCUGAGAAUGAGCCUUUCACCUCCAAACCUGCAAUGAAUGGCCAGUGAUUGCUAUCUUUGUUGCAGACCAAAGUUGCACUGGCCGGUUAAAAGGAACUCUGACCCAUUUUACCCAUGGGGUUUUAUACUGACAUGGAAUUUCCUGACUUUAUUUUAGUUAUUCCCAUCUCUUUCAUGGGGCAUCCCUGGAGAGGCUCACUGAAAUGAUUGAGAAUUGUCUCUCCAGUUACUGAAUUUUUUGUUUGUUUGUUUUUGCUUUUGUUUUAAGGUUUUUGUAUGGGGCAAAAGACUCAAUGGGGGG